CACCUAACUGUCACUGGCAUUGAACGCUCUGUAAUUUCGAUAACGGAAAAAGGAAAGAUCAAAAUGCAAAGAGGGUCAUAUUCUCGUUAACGGCGGAAAAAAACGUUGGAAUUGAAACGAAAUGGCAAUGUCGUGGCCAUACGCGACAAGUGCCUCGCCAUUCGAUGCCUCGAUUACGAUGUUGAUGACGACACGAUUAACGCCGUUGGCACUAACGCCAAAUUAUACAAUGGAAGCCAGUGACUUUGCUGGCAAUAUCACGAGCGAUACCAACGGGCAGGAGCAGAAAUACACACCGUACAGCGAGCGACCAGAAACGUAUUUCGUGCCGAUCAUCUUUCUUUUGAUCCUGCUAAUCGGUCUCACGGGAAAUGGCGUGCUUGCUCUUACGAUCCUUCGACACACAAACAUGAGAAACGUACCUAAUACGUAUGUCCUCUCGCUGGCGCUUGGGGAUUUAUUGGUACGUAGUGGUAGACGGGCAACACGCUUCACCAUAAUCGUUGCGGUGCUGAUUUGGGUUUUGGCUAUAGUAUGCGCGAUCCCAGCUAACUUUGCGUAUAUCAGAUUCUUCAAGGUUAACCGGAAUGUGAGCUUCUACGUGUGCUAUCCGUUUCCCGAGGAGUUUGGAACGACCUAUCCGAAGGUAAUAGUGAUGGGUCGGUUCCUCAUCUAUUACAUCAUACCCCUUAGUAUUAUCGCCAUCUUUUAUAUGUUGAUGGCCAGACAUCUUAUGCGCAGCACAAAAAAUAUAAUCGGCGAAAUGCAAGGCCAGGUGAAGCAAGUACAAGCCCGUAAAAAAGUGGCAAAGAUGGUCAUGGCAUUCGUCAUUGUGUUCGCUGUUUGUUUUUUCCCGCAACACGUUUUCAUGAUGUGGUUUUAUUUUCAUCCUACUGUGCAGAAGGAUUACAACGCCUUUUGGCACUACUUUCGUAUCUUGGGUUUCUGCCUCGCCUUCAUCAACAGCUGCAUCAACCCAAUCGCUCUCUAUUGCGUGAGCGGUACUUUCAGAAAGUACUUUGACAGAUACCUGUUCUGUUGCAUCUCGAAGAAGAUGCAGAAUCGAUAUCGACGAUCGUCAGAUCAAAGUUCACGCGGACGAGGGCAAAGCUUUUCGCUCGUCAGUUCAAGAAAGUAUAUGAGCGAUUCUCGUCGAGAACAACGAAGUGUGAUGCGCCUCUCUACUAUGGCGGGUGAUAUACGACCUGCGACUCCGAUCAAAGAGCAAGAAACUACUAUCACUCUGUCGGCGUAUCCAAAUGGCGUUGACGAGUCGUUAAGGAAUCAACGAACUUGGACAGAACCAACUAUACAUGAUAGAUUAGUUACUUCGUAAAGAAGACAUCAACAUCGAAUUUCUCUUAUAAUCGUUCGUAUAAAAUAAUUUUUGUGUCACUUAAUAUUGAUUAAUAUUGAUUAAGUAAAAUUAUAUUCAUAUAAAUAAUAUUAAAAUUAUGUUUUUGAUGAUGUCUUCUCAAUUCAAGCUUUACAUUGCCGAAUUUCGAUAUGUUUAAUUGUGGCAUUCGAAAAGUAAUUAAAUACAUACUCAUAUAACAGAUAUGAAUAAUUAAAAUUGUUACAAUAUUUAAAUUAUUUAGUAGUAUAUCAUAUUAAAGUGACAUGUUUUCUGUUCCUUGACGCAUUUAGAAUAAUGUCACGCGAAUAAAUUUCUGUUAGUAUAUACAUUUAUGUUUAUCAUAUACAAAGAAUCAUAUUUAAAUAUAAGACAUUUAUAGUAGUAGUGAUAACUAAACGAUAAACAAAGUAAUAUGAACUGAUUUCUGUGUAUGCUUCUGUGAAAAAUUGUAGUAUACAUCAUCCGAAUAAUAAAUGCUACAAUUGUUAUACAUACAUUCCGCCGAAUAAGUAAUUACAGUAUUAGCAGUAUUAGAAGUGCAGCUUCGACAGGUGAAACAAAUAAGAUUUUCAGAGAAGUCAUUUUAAAUAUAUAUCGCUAUUUAUGCAGAACAAAAAGCAUAGAAGUUAAAGUUAUUGUCAAAUAAUAUAAGUUAUUGUAAAGAUAGCAUAGUAAAAAAAUAAAAAUAAUUAUUUACAAGUUUACGGAACGAUACAAUAUUUAUCUCGAUUGUAUAUGAGAGAAAUAAAAAAUUCUGAAUCGACAA